CAUCAAUGACGGUUUGGAAAAAUUUCAAAACUUGUAAAUAAAUCACGAAAAAUUGGAAAUUUUUAAACGCAAAUUUGUUUUUUUCUUCAUAAUUUUUUCGUCGAAACGAGUUAAGGAACGCAAAAAGAAAUUGGUCAACAUUUAUCUGUAUUCGCCGCAUGAGCCGCCAGCAGUUAUUAUACAAAAUGCAAAGACGCGAUUUAGAAAGUUUGACUUUUGAAGAUUUCGACGACAAAUACGUGCGUCAUGCCUUCAUCACUAAGGUGUUCGGUAUUAUAGCGGUUCAACUCAUGGUAACGUUCGCAAUUAUCUUCACAUGCAUUUACGUAGAUGAGAUACAGGAUUUCCUAGCGGAUCAUCAUUGGCUGAUGUGGGUGGCAUUGGGUGCCGUUUUUGUCAUCAUGAUACCGAUCGCAUGCUGUGAAGGCGUUCGUCGCAGCUUUCCCUUAAACUUUAUACUACUAAUACUAUUUACAUUGGCCGAGUCAUUUUUGCUUAGUUUUCUUGCCAUUAAAUACUCACCCGAUACGGUUCUCUAUGCGCUCGGUAUAACGACGCUCGUCGUUCUUGUGCUCACCGUUUUUGCGAUGCAAACCGCCAUAGACUUCACCUCUUGCGGUGCCAUACUCUUAGUGGGCUCGAUUAUUUUGCUUAUUAUCGGACUCGUAGCGAUAUUUGUGCCUUCACGUACGCUGAUGAUAGUUUACUGCUCGAUUGGUAUUGUCGUCUUCUCCUUCUACCUGAUCUUUGACAUACAAAUGAUGUUGGGUGGUAACCAUCGGUACCAGAUUAGUCCAGAGGAUUAUAUAUUUGCAGCGCUUAGUAUAUACAUCGAUAUUGUCACACUAUUCAUGUAUAUACUAAGCCUAAUGGGCCUGAUAGACAGUUAAAAUAAAGAAAAUCUAUGUACAUGAGUUUGGAAUGAUCUAUAACACCUCUGAAUGCAUAUAUUUUUUAAAUUAUAUGGUUGAACUUUACUUUUAUAAUGUUUAAUUUAUGUAAAUGUAUUAAAAGAAUUAGAAAAUA